AUGGAAGAUGUGGGUUUGAGUUUUAAUGAAUUUGUUGCUGCUUUUUCCAUUUUGGUUAUUCCAACAGGUAUUGGAUGUGGAGAGACACUUCACUACACACCCUUAUCCCUAGUCUGUUCACUAGAUUCUAUAAACCAUUACCAAGUGAUUUUUUUAUUUUCUUCAACAAGAGGCUCAAUUGAAAGUUGUUCCAGGUUCUAUUCAUCAUUCAUAAUUCUAUUCACUACAUUAGAAGUCAAGGAUCUUUUUGAUAUUGAUUUUAAAAAUAUGAGGGUUGCUGAUAUGCAUUAUGGAACUGGAUUGACUAGGUUUAGAGAUGUUUUGAGCUCUGAGUUUGAAUGGUGCUCUAAUCAUAACACUACUUUAUUUCUAAAUCGGAUGAUUGAUGCUGGGAAGCCUGAUCUUUUUGCUUUUACAGAUAACAUUGGAUAGCAUAUUGUAAUAAGGUUAGUUAAACUCUCUUUAUUGGAUUUAUAAGCAGGGUAUAAUGUAAGAAACCAUAUUUAUACUAAAUAGGCUGGAGUUUUUGAUCUGGUAUGUAAUAAAAAUUUGAUCAGUUCUUUGUGUACCUUAUUAAGAGUAUCUUUCUAUUAUUUAACAAAAAAAAACCUAAAAUCAGUUUCCAAUUACAUUAUCUUUUCUCAUUAUUGUCUUUCUUUGGGUGUAGUAGGUUAAUAUAGAUCGUCUUCAAAAAUGGGGUAUUACCUACAAGGUACCAUUUCUAGUCAAAGACUAUAGGUAAUUUUUACUAUUGUUCACCAUGAUUAGCUUACAUAGUUUUUUAUAUACAUACAUGAUGUGUUGUGUGGAUAGCCUUCUAACUGUUGCAUCACCCGUUUAGUUUUUUUUCUUUCCAUAAAUACCCUUGGAUGGAAUGGAAGGGAAUAUUGUAAAACAUAUUAAAAGUAUAACAUUAGAAAUAAAAUGAUAUUAUAAACAAGUUGAUGAAAGUAUUUUUUGUUCUUUUGGGAAUAGAAUUGGACAAACAUACUUUAUUUUUCAAAUUUAGGAAGUGUAUGUAUUCACUCUUAUUGUAUAUAACUAUGUUCAAGAUAAAAUUAAAAUAGACUCAAAUAUACCCGUUUCUAUUUUGUUUAUAUCCAUUCACUGCUAAAAAAUCAUCGUCUUAUUGUUUUAUAUUAUUAUGUUUAUAGUUGAGAAAUUUCUACAUUGAAUGAAAGGAGAAAGGUAUAGUGAAGGCAUAUAUGUCCCUCUCUCUAUACCCUUGGUUUUGGGUUCAAUUCUACUUCAAUGGCAGGAACAUAUAUCAGAAUUAGCAAAUGAUGGGAAGCCAGCACAUGAAUUGGCAUGGACACUAAAAUGGAUUACUCUUAGAUGGUUGUGUAGAUGGUUACCAUAAUGAUGAUGAGGAUACUUUUGGAUCCUUUGACAUCCAAAACAAUUAGAACUUUAGAUUCAUUUUAGUCACUUUUAUAUGGAAAUAAAUUGAUUAUAGUUUAUUUAUAAAUGAUAAUGAGCCAAUUUUUUUUGGAAAAUUCUAAAUUAUUUCUAACCCAUGCAAAGCAUGGGCUCUUUUCUAAUUAAUGAUUAAAUCAACUUACUUGAAUUUCUCCCCUUG